ACAUGGAUAGAAUCCCUCCAAUAUGCCCCUUUUAAGUCUAUUUUAGUAUAAAGGUUAUUUUAUUUCCAAACUGGAAACUUUGUUGCAUGAUUGCAAUAUAGUGCCUGCACUCACACAUUUUCCAUCCACACACUUUUGCAUAUUGGCCAUGCUAAAUGCCUAGUUAAUAACAGUUUUCAUUUCUAACUCUGUAAAUUUCUAAAUGUAUGUGAUUUCAGGCAGUAUCAAAAUAUUUUACCAGGUGUAUUCUUUUUAUUACAAAAAUCCAUCUCAGUUCAAAAGCUUUAGCUUCAAGUUUCAGUUUUUAAAUUUCUAAAGCAAAUUUGCAAACAAUUCACUAAAAUUAAGUACAUAUGAUGCUAAAAUGAAUUAAUCAAAGGCUAUAGUAGUACAGACAAAAUAAAUAAAAGACAUUACAAAAUUUUAGUUAGGAUAUUAUUUACAUUUUUGUAAAGUUCUUUAAAACAAAAGAUUUGAAAAUUUUUGGUUUCAAGUUUUUUUGUUUCCAAUUAGUAUACUACCACUUUCUCAAUGUAAGUGAAUUCAAGAUUGUUUAUUGAUUAUCAUGUGAAAACACCCCCUCAAAAAUUCUAAGAUUCAAAACAUUGUGCCUAGCUUUAUUGUCUAUUUUUCAUUAUUAUCAACCUUAUUGUUUGUAUGUAAAGAUAUAUUCAAACAAUUUGACUUAGAAAAUGGUGAGAAUUCCUGGAUUCUAUAACAUCACAACUUUUCUAAUAUAUAUACUAGAAAAGCUUGCUUGCUAAAAGAAAUAAAUGGUAAAAAUUGCUUCAUCUAUUAUCUACUGUAAAAUCUGAUUGGUUACUGUGAGAUUGCUAGGAGUUGUGGCAUGCGGUCAGGAAGGGACAACAGCCUCCCCCAAUGCUUAAGAAAGCAAAUUCUGUCUGACAUUGAUAAACUCAAAGCCAUAUUGCAAUUAUUCAAAUCAGACCUUGCACGGAGAGGCACUCAAACUUGAUCAAGCACCUCUGGACACGCCUAGAAAGUUCUAGGAGCUUGAUUGAUCAAGCCAUUAGCAUGUUUAUGCUGUCUAAAAACUAAAUGCAAAAACCAAAUUUAGUUAUUGAUGAUAUUUGAUGAUGCUCAAUCGAGUCUAGAAAGUUGAAGGUGCUCAGUUUGUCAAAAGCUUCAGCUUUUUGUUCAUCACAAGGCCUGAAACCAGCCAUCUAACAAUCAUUCCUUGCACUUUCUAGACUAUUUAUAAUAGAACGUCUGUUUGAAAUUCCUGAAAAUUAAGGACUAUUUUGCCAAAUAUUAAUGAUGGGCUGGUUUCCUAUUGUAUGCUAUAUUUAGUGACAAAUGUUUUGCUUUCCUGCAGUACAUCAUCAGAGUUUGCAUAAAAUUUUAGCAUGGUUGCAAUUAAAGUAAUGAGUAAAGCCCACCUUAGAAAGAUGGGAGAUCUUCAUCGUGCAUAUAGAGAAAUAAACGCAAUGAAAAAGCUGAGUCACCAGCAUAUAUCCCAGUUAUAUCAAGUUGUGGAGACAGAAGAAGAUAUUUUCAUGGUGAUGGAGUACCUUCCUGGCGGAGAGUUGUUUGACUAUAUAGUAACAAAGGAGAAACUUACAGAAUCUGAAGCACGAAGAUUUUUCAGACAAAUCAUUGCCGCUGUAGCGUUCAUGCACGAGAAGGGUCUUGCACAUAGAGACCUGAAACCUGAAAAUAUGCUGCUUGAUGAAAGUAACAAUGUGAAACUCAUCGACUUUGGACUAGCUUCUGACCCAGAUGCUGGCCUUGUGAUGCCGUUAGCGACUUGCUGUGGCUCGCCAGCUUACGCUGCACCUGAGCUUAUUUCUGGUAGAGAAUACCUUGGCAAUGCGGCUGAUGUUUGGAGCCUUGGGGUUGUUCUGUAUGGUUUGCUUUGUGGUUAUUUGCCCUUUGAUGUCGACCAUGAAGACGAAACAUAUUUACUAUACCAAAAAAUCAAGAGUGGCGAAUAUGAUGUUCCAGAUUGGUUAUCGGAAGAAAGUGUCAGAAUUUUAUCAAGGCUUCUUGAGACUGAUCCUGAAAGGAGAAUCACCAUUACUGAAUUGUUGACCGAUGAAUGGGUUCGCGAGGGUUAUGGUGCCAAUGUGCAGUGGCAAUCCGUUGUGAAAAAGGAGAAGCCCGAACCGGGCAUCGUUGAAGAAUUGGCCGAGUUCUACGGUCUUUCCAAGCACGAAAUGGAAAGGCAAAUCAAGCAAUACAAAUAUGACCAUUUGACGGCGCAUUAUUUUCUGCUACUGAAACUGCGAAGAAAUACUCCUCGUCCGAAAAAGUCAACUCAACAUACGGAAAGUGACAGUUUAAACCUAACUCAAGGCGAUUCUAGAGAAGUUGAAGAGGAAGUCUUUGGCAAAUGGUUUCUGCCAAAUGCAGAUUCUAAAAGGGAAAGGGCCAUGACAUAUUGUGGCAGUGAAAAUGAUCUAGAAAACAAAUUCAUUGAUGAUGAAGGGUCAAUGCCUUCGCCACUACGAGAAUCAAAAGACAAGUCAAGCUCGGUUUUUGAAGGAUUCUGCAUGGUUGGUGUUUGCACUCCGGCGAGACACAGAAAAUUCUCCAUUAUACCAAAAACUCCUCUAUCAGCCGGCCUUGCUACCCCAAAAUUUGCUAAAAAGUUGAAAGAGAAGGUUGUGCAUCUUAUGACACCCAGAAAAGGGAAUACUGCUCUAGAUGAACCAAGAAAAGUUAAGGCUAUAUACAAAGUGAAUAGUACAUCAACGAAAACUGCAACAGAAGUUCGGGAUGAGUUAAAUCGCGUUCUAUCCUACAUGAGAAGCCGAGGAAAAUUACACAGCAUUGAUUCUUCAGAAAACUAUCUCUUCAAGUGCAAGGGUGACGAUGAGAGAGGAAACAAGCUGUCGUUUGAGUUGGAGAUCUGUUCCGUGCCUGGCUUGGAAAACGUUGUCGGAAUCCGCCAUAAAAGGUUAAAGGGAGAUGCUUGGGCUUAUAAAAAGAUAUGCGAUAGCAUAUUAAACAUUGCCAAAAUAUAAACAAUUCGUCAUUCCCUAAUUUACAAUUCAUUCGUACCAAUUUCGUUGAAAUGUUAUUUAGAUAAUUUUGUAUAAAGGUUGCGUACUUUGUCCUUUUUUGUUAUUAAUAUUACAUUAUUAAAUGACUGAGAAUUCUGUUGAGAA